AUGUCUUCCACGAAAAACGUUGCAACACAGACCAUUCCACAUCACACAGUGGAACGUUCAUCGACCAUAUGCUUGACGUCCAAUUGUCUCAAAACGACGCAUAAAACUACAGAGCAAACCCACUUUACGAUGUUGAAGGUGACUUGUGUCCAAAAUAUCGAGUACAACGUUCAAUUAUUUCCUACCAUGGGACAACUUAGCGAGGAAGACAUGAAAAAAAUGGACGUGUUACUAUCUGGAGGAAAACUUCUUGUCAAUAUAUCCUUACCUCGUACAUUUUCUAACGGUAAACUGUUCGGUCUUAAUACGCCCAAGGAAAAUAUAGUCUUAAAACGUCUUUGUCGACUCGAGUUUUGGAGACAAUUUGGAUUUUCUCGUAUAGAGUCCGAACUUAAACUGAAGCAUCGACACUUUAACAAGCAAUAUUGGGUCUAUGCCUCGGGCAAACAAUGUUCGCCACCAUCAAUUACCGAAGAUUCGAUCCUCCAACAGCCUUUCGGAACAUUGAAUCAAUUGACAUUCAUUCUAAAUUGGAUCACUAGCAACGAUGAUAUCCUUUCUUUUGCAAUUAAGAUUUUUAGACUCACGUGUAAAAAGAAGUGUGUGUCGUCGUUGGAAGUCGCAGCGAUCGACCUAGCGUUUAACAGCUUGAUGAAAAACUUGUUGAUCGAUAGGUAUCCGCUGGUGUUUUCUCCGGGUUAUUACGACAAACUUCAAUCUAUAUCACGAUGUAUUCCGGUCGUCUCAAAAUCUUUAACACGAAUCAUUCACAAUAGUCCAAAUGAAAGUUUUCAGUCAAAAAUGGUUGACCUUGUCCAACAAAUACAAAGCCGUACAAAUUUAUCGUUUCUUUCACCCAAUUGUAAUAAUAAUAAUACAGAAUCAACGCUGGAACUCACCGAAAACGCCCUCACAAACGGACUAUACUUUAUUGCAAAAAAUAUCAAAGUGCCUACUCCUUCCUUCACGGAGGCUUUGCUAAGCGACGAAGAGCUAUCCAAUAAUCAUCUCACCUCCAGGGAUGCAGUAAAGUCAAGAUCAAUUCCUGCGCAUGAUCAAAACCCGCCAUGUGUAUACUCGGGCGAGAGUCCAAAGAUACUGCAAGCAAGAUAUGAUAUUGGUAACAAUGAAGAAUACGAACAGUUUACUAAAGAAAUCUCCUCUGACACCGAUUCAACAUUUGAUAUUGACAACUGUGAUCGACACGACUUGGAAGAGUUUGGCUUUGAGUCGCUUUUUAGUUCCGAUGAUGAUUUUUUGCAAGACGAAGAUUUCUUCCGUAUUAAUGACGUCGAGAGUCAAACAACAUUGAACUCAUCUGAAAAAAGCGUCGAUUAUGUUGAUUAUUUUAGAAAUUCGGAUUUUAACGACGUGCAUGUCGUCCCAGAUGAUGAUGACGAUACUGAAUUACUAGAUUUUGAUGCAUUUGAAGAUGAUAAUCAUUUUUGUCCUAACGUGGAUUCUUGGAGUUCCUUCCCAAUGAGUUGCCAUGAAAUUAAUAAUAGUUCCAUCAUGACCCCUCAGACUGGGAAUUUGACCAUUGAAAUAGACGAUACAAAUAUUACAGCACAACAUCGAGAGCGUUGCAUGUUAAGAAACUCUACAGACACGGCGACACUUUUAUGGAAGUUAAAUCAGCCGCAGCAAAACGAUCCUGAGGAUGCGUUAUUCGAUAUUAUGUUCGAAGAAUGA